AUGACUGGGGGUCCAAUUUCAAUCAAUGGCGUCAGACGACCGCUGGAACUCUCAGAGCUCAUUCGCUGCGCAUUCAAAAGACGGCACCACUCGCAUAGAUAAACAAACACAGGAAUGGAUAUAUACGAGAAGUUGGCUUUUCAUUUGAUUUCAAAACAUGACAGAGAGGUGGGCUAAAUUGUAGCAGCCUUGCACGUGACGCCUAAAAGGUGUUAGUCCUUUUUUUCCCUUUCAACGUGAUCAAUGGAAACCAACAUAUGGGAAGCCUGAUAGGCUGUCAUCAUGCGUAACCCGAAUGGUUCGUAUUCUUGAUAUUUUAAUGGUGAUUGUUUUGUAUAAUACGCCUCUAGGAUAUGCUAUUGCAAACAUAAUCGUUUAAGUCCAUCGGUAGUGAUCAGUCCGCUAUCCCCUGUCCGCAAAGGCCUGUUCGAAUUAGCCCAUAUGAUGAUGUCAUCGCGUCUCCACUUUUUCUUCAAGUUAUGGCGGAGCUGAAGUUUUCAGCCUUGCUUGGCUAUUGAGCACAGUAGUAUAUUAAUGGAGCACCUACAAGGAGCUUGGAGGACCCUUAGCAAUGGACUUGGAGGAAAAGACUCUGUGUUCGAGGGCCCUCUUACCUCUCCCACCGUGGUCCAAGGUUUUCCAUAUCAGCGUCGUGCAUCAGACGACAGCAAAAUCGACUCCAAAACGAGCAGCACUAUCCGAGUCUACCUCCCCAACCAGCAACGUACCGUAGUGAAUGUACGGCCUGGCAUGACUUUGCAUAGCUGCCUUAUUAAGGCCCUGAAGGUCCGGGGACUUCAGCCAGAAUGCUGUGCGGUCUAUAGGCUUCAUCCCGGUCAAAGGAGUAUAAAGACUCGUAUGGAUUGGAACACAGACUCCAACUCACUCAUUGGGGAGGAGCUGCUGGUGGAGGUUUUGGAUCAUGUUCCUCUUACGACACACAACUUUGUUCGGAAAACAUUUUUGAAGUUGGCCUUCUGUGACAUAUGCCAGAAGUUUCUUCUACACGGUUUCCGCUGCCAAACGUGUGGCUACAAAUUCCAUGAGCACUGUAGCACCAAAGUGCCCACGAUGUGUGUGGACUGGAGUAACAUCAUGCAACUGCUGUUGUUCCCGACUCCCGGUGAAAGUGGUGGCCCGUCUUUUCCUCCCCUGUCGUCCCGUCGGAUGAGAGAGUCCAUCACCAGAGUGCCUAGCGGCUCAUUGCACAGACACUCGACCCCUCACGUCUUUAACUACCCCGCUCCUUACUCCGCCCCGGGGUCAGCUCUAUCUCAGCGCCAGAGGUCCACGUCCACCCCAAACGUGCACAUGGUCAGCACCACCCUGCCCGUCGACAGCAGCAUGAUUGAGGAUGCGAUGCAAGGUCAUAGCUCAGGUGGAAGCUCUCCAAGUCAGAGCCCAACGGGAUGGUCCCAGUCCAAACCACCAGCCCCCGCACAGAAAGAAAGGGCAGGAUCCUUUGGUUCUCAGGAGAAAAACAAGAUUCGGCCACGGGACAAAAGAGACUCCAGCUACUACUGGGAGAUCGAAGCUAGUGAGGUGAUGCUGCAGUCACGAAUUGGCUCCGGCUCCUUUGGAACUGUGUGGAAAGGGAAAUGGCAUGGUGAUGUUGCUGUAAAGAUUUUAAAGGUGACCGACCCUACACCGGAGCAGUUCCAAGCUUUCCGUAAUGAAGUUGCAGUGUUACGGAAGACCAGACAUGUCAACAUCCUGUUGUUCAUGGGCUACAUGACAAAAGACAACCUUGCCAUUGUGACGCAGUGGUGCGAUGGGAGCAGCCUGUACAAGCACCUCCACGUGCUCGAGACGACCAACUUCCAGAUGUUCCAGCUGAUUGACAUCGCUAGGCAGACCGCUCAGGGCAUGGACUAUUUACAUGCAAAGAACAUCAUCCAUCGUGAUAUGAAAUCUAACAACAUCUUUCUGCAUGAGGGCUUGACCGUGAAGAUCGGGGACUUUGGCUUAGCCACUGUGAAAGCUCGAUGGAGCGGGUCCCACCAGGUGGAGCAGCCUUCAGGGUCCAUAUUAUGGAUGGCCCCUGAAGUGAUCCGAAUGGAGGACAACAAUCCGUACAGCUUCCAGUCAGACGUUUAUUCUUACGGGGUCGUCCUGUUUGAGCUGAUGACCGGCGAGAUCCCGUACUCCCAGAUUGCCAACAGAGAUCAGAUAAUCUUCAUGGUGGGCCGGGGUUACCUGUCUCCAGACCUCACCAAGCUGUAUAAGAGCUGCCCCAAAGCCAUGAAGAGGCUCGUCGCCGACUGCAUUAAGAAGUCCAAGGAUGAAAGGCCCCUUUUUCCACAGAUCUUGUCGUCCAUUGAGUUGCUCCAGCACGCUCUUCCCAAAAUCAACCGGAGUACCUCUGAGCCCUCGCUGCACAGAGCCUCGCAGACAGAGGACAUCAACUCCUGCACUUUGACCUCCAUGAAGCUGCCUGUUUUCUAGUGCUCGACUCUAGGACAUCCGUCUCCCUCUCUGAAGCCAUGGACAUAAUGGACAGACAGACGGACGGACGGACAAGAACCGUGUCCACUGAACGGCUGUUCACAGUAUGUGCUUACAGGGGAGGACAUGGCCUCGAGCUGGACGUCUGGAUGUAUGAAGGGAACAAUUGAGCGAGAGAGAGCGAGAUAGAGAAAGAAAGAAAGAAAGAAAGAGGAGUGGCUCUUGGCCUUUUUAAUGGCCGCAGAGGGCACCGGUUGGUCUGCCCCUCCUCGUACCUGAGAAGUUUUCUUCUUUCAGCAGUGGAGCAGAAUUGACCUCCGGGGGGACUGAAGGAAGCAUCGUUUCCCUUUCACUGUCCAGGAGCUGAUUUUUUUGUGCCGCCCCUUAUAAAUUAAAAUCACCGUGCACACUAACAAAAUUGACUCCUCCCCCCCCUUUCUGCCGUCCAUGUCAAGUGGGCACGGUGAUUUACAGAAAGUAGUUCUUUUUGCCCAUAAAAUGGUGUUAAUAUAACAAAUGAUGGUCAGCAACAGUUAAUUUUUUCAAAUCCACUUAGCAGUCUUGUACUGUUUUUGAAGGGUUUUUUGAAAAUGUGGAGAUUUUUGUUUAAUGAUCAUGUUUUAUUUUAAUAAAAAAGUAAGUUAAUCUUAA